AUGACUCGCCCGAUGUUCGCUAUGCUGUGCGCUAAUAAUGUAAACCGCAGCACGGAGGCACAUGAUCAUCUACAAGCUGCAGGAUUGCGCGUGUGUUCAUUCGGUGCUGGCAAUCGCGUUCGUUUUCCGGGACCGUCGCGCGACGAUCCGCGCAUCUACGAGUUUUUUACGCCUUAUGAGACGAUGUACCGCGAGCUCAAAGCCGAGAACCCCGAUUUAUUCAAUCGCAAUGGCGUGCUAUCCAUGUUAGAGCGAGAUAUGCUCACGAAAAAGUGUCCACAGCGCUGGCAGGACCUUAGCGUCAAAGAGCUUCAGGAACUUGACGUGGUGCUAUGUUUUGAUGACCGGAUUUUUGAGAUUGUACUUGAAGAUCUACAGCUACGCGGGGUGGCCCAGCCAAACUUUCGAAUGCGGGACUGGUCUGGAAGAGACUUUUCCUUGGCAUGGAGGCCGCUGCAUCUGCUGUGUCUCGAUACAAAGGACACGCCGGAACACGCCAAAGUUGGUGGCUCGUUAGCACUAGAAUUGUGCCAGGCGAUCGACAAACUCGAUAGUCUGGACGACGGUAUCAUGAAUGUUAUACUGGACUUCGAAAAUCGAAAAAAUGUGCACUUACUGUACUCGCUUAUCCACGUUUGA